UCAAAUCUGUGAUGUGGUUAGCCGGCUACCGUUUCAGAUAUAAACACAACAGCCUUUUGCAUAACAAGUAUGAUGUUAUCUAAAAGCGACUACUCCAUUAGUGUUCGCAACGUUCGAGUUUAGUCUUUGAGUGCUAAUAAGUAGUUUGACGGGAAAGUUAAGUGUGGAAAUUGCCACACGAUAGGAGUUUCUUUUUACUCUUGAACGUGGAGGAUUGUUUUAAUUAGCUGCCUUCGGUUGGUUGUUAUCGCACGUGAUAUUAGUUGCUUGAGGAUUAAAACACAGCCGCUAAAGUGAUUUAGUUAACCCUGCGCUUAAAGAGCACUGGUGUUUAGUGUAGUAAUUUUGCUGCGGUUUCAGCUGUGUAACGUGUGCUGAAUUGUGCAGUCAUCAACCACAGAGGCCUCAUUGAUCAGCUGCCGAGCCUCAAUACACAAUGAGACGAGGCCAGCGAUCUCUCCUCCUCUCCUCCACUCCAUCCCUCCUGCUGCGAUCCCUCGUUCUGCUCUCCCUCUGCCCGCGGGGGCAGGCUGUGCAGGCUGAGAACGUGACCGUGCUGGAGGGGGGGACGGCACAGAUCUCCUGUCGUCUCCAGAACUACGAUGGCUCGAUCGUGGUCAUCCAGAACCCACGCAGACAAACGCUAUUCUUCAAUGGAACACGAGCACUGAAAGACGACCGUUUUCAGAUGGUUCUUUUCACGCCGCGCCUGGUGCGGAUCACGUUGACUAAUGUAAGUGUAUCUGACGAGGGUGGCUACUUCUGCCAGCUCUACACCGAUGACACACACCACCAGGUGGCGACGCUGUCGGUGGUGGUGCCCCCAGAGGUGCCUACGGUGGAGGUGAAGACAGAGGCAGUGGAGGGUGGAGAGGUGGAACUCACAUGUGUGUCCCCGCGGAGCAAACCACCAGCCACCCUGCGCUGGGUCCGAGAUCGCCGAGAAAUCGCAGGUGUGAUCUCUCAGCAGGAGAACGGCAAGACUGUGAGUGUUUCCAACACUAUCCGUAUCCCCGUGGAGAGGAAAGAUAAUGGAGUGGCACUGAGCUGUGAGGCGUCUCACCCGGCACUCGUGGGGCAGAAACGAGUUCGUCACUACAGCCUGGACGUUCACUUUGCUCCUACGGUGAAAAUCAUUCCCCCUCAGGGCAUCCUCCGAGAGGGAGACUCCCUCAGUCUCACCUGCUCCGUUACCGGCAACCCACUACCACGUGACAUCCAGUGGUCGCGAGUGAACGACACUCUUCCUGAGAGGGCUGAGAAAACGGGCAACAUUCUCCAUAUGUCUCGCCUCAGCCAAUCACACAACGGCACCUACCUCUGUCAGGCGCAUAAUAAUUACGGCCGUGCAGCCGACCACUACACACUGCUGGUGUACGUGUCUGUCCCUCCCAAAUCUCAUCCUGCCAUCGCUCACCCCACCCUUCCAUCCUCCAGCUUUACAAAGGAAUACCAAGACCCCGGGGCAGUGGUGGAAACCCACAGUGCCGUUCCGUAUGCAAUGAUCGGGGGCAUCCUGGCUCUGCUGGUCUUCACUGUCAUCUGUGUGCUCAUCAUCACCAUCUGGUGCUCCGUCCGACAGAAAGGUUCAUAUUUGACUCACGAGGCCAGUGGGUUGGAUGAACACGGUGAGGUUCAGGAGGCGUUCCUCAACGGUAAUGAUGCCAGCCAGGGCAAGAAGGAGUACCUACUGUAGCGCCGCCCUAGUGGAGCUCUUCAGAAACACUGGACCACUGCAGAGUGCACACCGCAACACACACUGUUCCCAAAAACAGACCCACACACCACCACUACGACAACCAGAGGGAAUCACAAUCGUGCCAUAUGAAGAUGGAGUGGGAAGGAGAGAACGGAGACAACAUUGGAGUGGGGUGGAGAGAGCCGGGAGGAGAGGAUAAUUAUUAUGAUUGAAAGAGACCAUCACACACACUCUUUCUGUUUUUACUUGCGAGUACCAUAGACAACUAGCCGUAAUUGUAGGACCAGGAGAGAAAAAUGUCCAUUCAAAACAGGCCGAUCCAUAACCCGGGUGAAACGGCGUCGCUGUGGGAAGCCGCAAAGGGCUUAUGAGCUAUUGAAUGUCCCAACGUGAGCAAAUUGAAAUUCCCUGCAUUUGCCAAAGCGUUCGGGCCUCAGAGACUGAGCUGGUAGACAGCUGAGAGCUCAGAGCCGUCCUCAUAAAGUAUUCAUCUGGGCUUUUCAUCUGGCGACUCCAUUAUCUGCUCACGUUGGCCAAAACCUGUUGACUUGUGAAAAAAAGUUUCUCUCGUUUUGAUCCUCUCUCGAUGACUCUCCGUUUCCCGCUCUCCGAUGCUCCUUCCUCUCCCUCCACUAUCUCUCCACUAUUGUUUGUUAAUAAUUAAGUGAUUAGACAUGUUCUCUUUUAUGAGAGGAAUGAAUUGGAGCGGACCGCUCACUCUGACGCUGUAAAAAGGGGCUUAAUUAUCGCGAAGAGUCAAAGAGAAACGUGAAACCGUGAGGAGCUCGACUUGGGUGAGAAAAACAGGAAGGAGUUUGUAGAGAACAUGUCAGAAAUUUCAAUAUAAUUUUUUUUUUUCGAUUGCUCAACACGAAAACGCUUACACAAUGAAACAUAUCUCUAAAGUCAUUAUUUGUAUGAAAAAGUAAGUUAAAUGACUCUUUUAAGAAAAAAAAAACACAUUUACUUUUGCGCGCAUUACCCAGCGAUGCUAUCGUACUAACACAGAUUAUUAGCUUAGAGGUGCAAAACUGAACAAACUACUGUUACGUCAUCUUUAAAAAAAAAAAUAAAUACAAAUUCAAAAAAAUAUAUAUUUCAUUUGUCUUUAAAAGAUAUCAGAGGUCUUAAUUGUUUUUAUUAAUUAUUAUUUGGACUAUUAUGAUCGUCGU